AUGCCAAAGGCAAAAGAGUUCAAGCUGCAGCUCCGCCUGCUCGUGCCCAAGUUCCUCAAGACCAUGGGUCAUGCGGUGACCCCUCGCAGCCACAUCUGGUAUGGCGAGCGGGAGCUCUCAUUCAAGAAGACACCGGUUGUUCAAGUGAAGAUGUACCGCUCUGGGUUGAUGCAGUUCAUGUUCCCAUGCAUCAACCCUAAAGUCGAUUUUGAUAUGGAGCUCGAUGAUGAGGAAGGCAAUAGAGUUCAUAAUGGAUAUGAUAGUAAGAAGAAGAGCUUCUGCCUCAAAAAAGGAGACAAGGAAGAGUUGUUGGGAAAAUAUGGCUUUGAAUUGAGUAGAACAAUGAAGACGGAUAUUUAA